UGUAUAGGCACCUUCUCCUUCCUCGCCGGUCGCUCUUUCCUUCGCGCGGCGGGGCUGUCUCGCGAGCGCGCGCGCUUUAACACGCGAGGCACAUACCCGGAGAACGCAUUGACAAGAAGAGAACGCGUGGUCGCGUUCGUUCGCAUACAUAACGCUCUAGAUCGCGCGAGUGAACGACGAGGCGCCGACUUUUCGCACCGAGAGUUACCGAUUUCGUCGCUGUAAUUGAAAAGGAAUACGUGUACGUUUGGCUGUAUAACAGUGAUUAGCGAGAGCGCGGAAGUUUGCGCGAGUGUUACGCGGAGACGCGCUUCCAUUAUUUAACGCGAAGAGAGAGACGUGGUCGGAUGAAAGAGGCUCUUUUUGUCGCGCGAGACUAACAGUCGGUUAAGAGAGAUAAGGGCCCAGAAGGAGGAAAAACCAGUGGUGCAGAUAGAGAAGCCGCACGCGCGCGCCGAAAAAAAGAGCGGCGACAACGAUGACGAGCUAGCUCUACUAUUAAAUUUCAUACAAGACGGAGAAAGAGAAAGACACACAGGCGCGUUGAGAAGAUAAAUAUUUGAGGAGCAGCUGGACUGGAAACUCUUCGAUGCAGGCGCUCACACGCGCAGACACAUAAUACAUAUAUAGACGCAAAGCGAUCGUCAAGCGGCAGCAGAGUCGACCUAUAGACGAGGCGAUAAGGAUUCAGGAGUCAAAGUCCGCGACUGAGUCGAUUCAUCGGCGGAGCCAUCAGCGCUUUUCGUGGCUCGCAAAGAAUUCGCGCGAACGCGCGCGCGCACGUGUCCCAAUCGGCAAACUAUACCCGUUCGCGCGUUGGUGCAGGAGCUGUACGAGCGCGGAGCAUAGCCACCCGGCGACGUCUCGCGUUUGUUCAUUGUAUGCUGACGACUGCACACUGCACGAGUGUCGAAGCGCACGAGCAGCAACGGCAAGAGCAGCUGAGUGCAGAGACUCGCGGGCAAGCCACUGACGAUUUCCGGAGGUCAAUACCGAUUUGAAUAAGCCAACGUCCCUCGAAACGACGCUCGCGCCAGCCUUCGGGGGAAACUACAGAGAUAAUUUCUCCAAAAAGUAAUUUUCGGCCUAAUCACAAUACCUAGUUCUGACGUACUGCAUUACCAGGCAGUGUAAUGAAGAAUUUGCAAAUCAACGACCAUGCUCCGCACACGGACAUACUUAUACACUCAUUUCGUCGACUCCCUGGCGCAUGCUACAGCAGCAGAAACACGACAGAACCAGAAAAGAAAGAUCGAAGCUUGCUUGAAAUAUACGAGCUGUGAAAAAGCGGUCUAUAUUCGAAAGCUCGCUUAUACUUUCGUCAUCAUCAGAACGAGGCCUUAGCCUACAAUCGUCAACGCGCGUCAUGUCAUAUUCGAUCAAAGAUAUUCUCAAUCCUCGUAUAAAGCCUCGCGUGAUCGAUAUAAUCCAUCCACAGCGAUCCUUUCCUCAUCGGCGAGGAGAAAAGAUCGAUCGAUCGACGAGGGCUGAAAAUUACGCGACGCGGCGAGUCUCGAGAACACACACCUCGAAAGCUGCUCUCGAUCGUCUCAAGGCUCUCCCGUUGCAUUUUGUGUCUGUGAGCGGCGGCUACGACGGCGGCGGUCGCCGCCGCUGCGAACAUGUCAUUAUGACAUUCGACUCGUUUCGCGUAAUGUUCGACGCAAGCGCGUGCGGGGUCUUGCCGAUGCCGCGGGGGCUGCAUUAGUUGAAAGAUCCUCGUAAAUAAAAGUGUUACAAGGACGUGAACCGUAUAAUAUGCUCGAUGCCGAUGAGUGGUUGCAGUUGCUGUGUUGCGCGGCGAUCGUGAUUGAAAGACUUAAACGGUAAGCACAUCAUCAAUAGCUGCAAGGAUGCCGAGGCAGCAGCGAGCAAUGGAGCUGCCGAUAACGGGAGCGGUGAUGCGGUGCAACGCGCGAUGGGCUAUCUUGGCCGCUGGCAGAUCUUCGUCUGCACGGCUAUAUCCCUGGUCAAGUUCCCGGUCGCCUGGCACCAACUGGCCAUUGUCUUCAUGGCGCCAAAGCAGACUUACAAUUGCGCGCUGCCGGGCUUUGGAAAUGCGAGCGAUCAGUGCCACGCGACGAUCAAUGGCAGUGACGUCGAGUGCACCCAGUGGGAAUUCGACAGGAGUGUCUUCCCCGAGACCAUAAUAUCACAGUGGAAUCUCGUGUGUUCUCGAUCGCACUAUGCAAACCUUCAGCAAUCCAUUCUUAUGUUUGGUAUUUUGCUUGGUAGCAUCUCUUUUGGCUUUUUGUCCGAUAGAUUUGGUCGAAAACUUCCUUUAAUGGUCUCUACUGUGCUUCAAUUGGCAUCUGGCAUUGGCUGUGCCGUUGUCGCAUGGUUUCCGGCUCUGCUGUUAAUGAAAUUUUUAAGUGCCGUUGCGACUGGUGGCACGAUGGUCACUAGUUAUGUAAUAUGUAUGGAAAUUGUCGGCAAAAGUUGGCGAGCCGCUAUAACUAUUCUCUACCAAAUUCCGUAUAGUUUGGGCCACAUGUCUUUGGCCGGUCUCGCUUAUUGGUUCAGGCAUUGGCAACAUCUUCAAAUCGCAAUGACUUUACCUUCCAUCAUACUGCUCGGCUACUGGUGGGUCGUUCCCGAGUCUCCGAGAUGGCUCCUCGCCAUGGGCAGACAGAGAGCUGCUUGCAAAGUCCUCCAAACCGCUGCCAAAAUUAAUAAAUUAGAUGAUAAAGAAAUUCCCGAAAUCGUUAAAAAGUACUGCUUGCAUCAGAAUGCCAAAAAAACGGAAGCAGAUGGUCGAGCGUCAUUUUUGGAUCUUUUCCGCACACCUAAUAUGCGAAUAAAGUCGUUGUCAAUUUUCUUCAAUUGGAUUGUGUGUGGAAUGGGACUUUUUGGAAUGACUCAGUACAUCGGACACGUUGGUGGUGACAUUUUUUUGAACUUCGCACUUUCUGGAGCAAUUCAAAUUCCUGGAAAUUUCCUCGCUUGGUGGACAAUGAAUACUUUAGGUAGAAGAAUUACGCUGGUUGCAAGUAACUGCAUAGCUGGUCUUGCAAGUCUUUUGUUGAUUUUUGUUACAUCUGAUCUUGAGUGGCUAAGGUUGAUCUUUGCGUGCUUUGGUAUUGUCGGCAUGUCAGUUUCCUUCACAACUGUUUAUUUAUAUUCCGGUGAACUAUUUCCCACGGUGAUAAGAAAUAUUGGAGUUGGAACAAGUAGCAUGUGUGCAAGAAUAGGCUCAAUGGUUGCACCUUUCGUAGUAUCUUUGGGUACAAUUCAGCCAUGGCUACCACCUGUUAUUUUCGGAGUACUACCCAUAAUUGGUGCCGGCCUUUGUAUUCUAUUACCAGAAACUGCAGGCAGUGAACUUCCAGAAACUUUGCAAGAUGGUGAAGAUUUUGGAAAAUCAAAAACAAAGUUUAAAAAUGGGAAGAUAUGCAACGAAGCUGAAGUGACCUUGUAAAGUGAAAAUGGAUUGUACGGAAGUGUUUAUUUUUACGUAUGAUAACUAAUAAACUGUAACGAACAGUGAAAAAAUAUAGCACACGCGCUAAUA